AUGAACCGAGCGUGGAACACGGCCAUAAAGCAACCUCGUGUGUACAUGAGCAGUGCAAGACUAGGCAAUCUCUCGGAACUAGUAAGAAGUCAGUAUCAAAAGGCCAUAGAGGCCGGCGAUGCCUUUUUUUACGACUCACAAGUUCGCGUGACGAAAUCGGGUGCGUCGCAAGAUGGCGAACGACAGAAAACGGUACCGUGGCAGAUUCGAACGGUACCAGCCUUGCUGAAGAAACCCAAAGCCGAACCUUCGUCGACGGCAUCUGAUGAAAAGAAGGAAAUUCAUCAUCAACCGAUGCAGAACCAGCGCGACGUAUUUGCGCCGCCGUAUGUACCAAACUUGCUCGUCAAAGAACUAGACAACUUCACAGUACUUUUGAACAAGUACUGCGUGCUGCCUGGUCAUUUUUUGCUCGUAACACGCGAUUUUGUGAAGCAAGAGAAGCCGCCAUCGCCAGAAAUGCUGUCUCUCGUGUAUAACAUAAUUAUGUCACAUACGCCGACGAGGCCUGAUGCAGAAUUGCUGGGCUUCUUCAACUGUGGUCCAAAUAGUGGUGCAUCGCAGCCACAUUGCCAUUUCCAACUGGUCGAAUUGACGCCCACAGAUCCGGAUUCAAAAGCGGUGCCUAUCGAAACCAUGCUUGAGACGGACAUGUCCCCUGAUGAAAACAAAGGUACGUGA